AUGGCAAAAGAGGGCUAUAGAUUGGGGAAUCUUCCCGAUGAAUACGAUUCGCGUGAUUAUCCAAUCUUCCCUGCAAGCGAAGUUCAAGACCUCCCAUCUAUCAUGACGAGUACUUCAGAAGCUGGCCAUGGCCCUCCAAAGCCUUUCAUCCUUCCAGAUCUCCCGCCAAUCUAUAAUCAACUUUACAUUGGUAGCUGUACAGCAAAUGCAUCAUGCGCCGCAUUGCGUUAUGCAGAAAGGAAGUCUUCAGGCAGGCAGUACAAAGACUUUGAGCCAUCUAGGCUCUUCGCCUACUACUAUGGCCGUAUUGAUCGUCGCCCCGAAGAGCUUGGGAAAACCGAAGAGCUCGCAGACAUCGAAAAGCGGAUCCAAGAGAGGAUCAAAAAGGAUACAGGGUCCAACAACCGCAAAAUCAUCCACACUUUCCUGACGCAAGGAAUCUGCACAGACGCCCUGUGGCCUUACGGUACGCCAUCCAGUGACAAAAGCACCCACCUAUUCAACGACACCUCGAAGCUGCCUAACCCGUGUGAGCCCAAGGACUGGAACAAGGUAUCCUGGCAAGCCAAUCCUGUCAGUCACCCCCACGACGGCAAAGGCCCCGCUGGCGAGAAGGACUUGAUUCCUCGCAACAUCAGCUAUUACCGCAUCUACGACCCAAGUGUCACACCCACGGUGGAUCCCAAAACUCAGAUGCCUAUCUCAAACUGGCAGAUCAUCUACAACAACCCCCCAGUGGCCUUGCUUGAAAAAUCCCUGUCCAGCGGCUUCCCCUUCAUCUUCGGCUCUCGGCUGUACACUGGUGCCAGUCUGGAAAGCAGCGAGAUCGACAAGAACGGGGUCUUCGUUAAGCCGCCGACAAAAAACUUCAAAGAUGAAGGAGGACAUGCGCUGAUGGCGGUGGGCUUUGACUCCUCGAAGAGAUUAUUCUUGGUACAGAAUUCCUGGGGUAAGGAUUGGCCGGCUGAUUGUAAGGAUGAGAAGAUGAAGGGUCGUUUCUGGAUGCCGUAUGAGUGGUUUGAGGCAGUGGUGGAUGGGUUACCGAUUACGUAUGAUUUCUGGGUUAUCAAGUGUGGGACUGCUUAUAUUUUUGAGAAAAUUAAAAAGAUUUAA